AUGCAAGUGGAGAGAGUGUUUUACUUUCGAGACGAGUCGACAAAAACGGAGAUAAAUGUGCGAGUACCUGAGGUAUGCUUCUACUCUCUUUAGAAAUGUCAGUCUCGCCAAGUCGCUUUAAAAUUACCAGGCUAUACACAGAGCAGACAGAGAUUGUUUCCUUAAAGAAUCCUUUUUCUUUUCGAAGGAGAAAAUAGAGGGUCUGCGAACUCAACAGGCUAUAAGAUUACUGAAAGUUUUAAAAUUUGGCGAAUCUUGAAUGAAGGCGGACCUCAGAAUUUUUUUUAACUUAUGCUCGGUCUCCUUUUCUAUAUCUUGUUUAAGAUUGUAGAUCCUCAGUAUGGAAUGUUCACUUGGCCUUCAGCUCCAGUUCUUGCACAGUUCAUUUGGCACAGCAGAGAUCAAGUAAAACAAAAACAAGUUAUUGAGGUAAUAUAUUAUUCUUACUUUUCUUUCUGAGCGUACAAAAAAAGUAUAAUAAUUUAAGUUGACUUGUGUACCAAGCCUUUCUUUAAAUGUACAGUCUUAUUUUUAUAAAACUUAAUGUCUCGCUAUUUUCAUGUUUUUGCAUGUAAAUGUUAAUUAAAAAUUGUACUCUAACAGCUUCAAUCUUGGGAGCUUGUGAGCUGGACAGUGCUUGAGGGUGGUCACUUUUAGGCCACGCUUUAAACUAUCUAAUGAAACUCUUACUCUAUUAACCACGGCAGGACUAGUAGAGUCUUUGACUGCAGGGUGGGAGGUUGAGGGUUCAAUUCUGUGACCGGGAAAAUAAUCAGGGUCUUAAAAGAACUGAGAAAUGAAGGUACUGCCUUUGGGUUGCAAAUGGCUAUACCUUUGCAUGGCUUGAGUGACCACAUAAAGUGAUGGUCUCAUUUUUAAUGGGAGACAUAAACAUAGUGUCCUUAAUAAGUACUUUUGUGCUUAUCAUAUUGACACUCCAAUAAAGUGCCUCUUAUUUUUUGUCUGGUAGAUUGGUGCAGGGACUUCACUUCCUGGAAUUGUAGCUUCACUGUGCGGUGCAAAGGUCACUCUUACUGAUAAGGAAGAAUACUCAGAAUGCUUGAGAAAUUGUCAUCACACUUGCCAUGUGAAUGGUCAAGAUUCAAUUAAAGUUGUUGGAAUAACUUGGGGGCAGUUUUCACCAAAUCUAUUCAGACUUCCAGUAGCUGAUAUAAUUCUUGGCUCUGAUUGCUUCUAUGACACCAAAGGUGAUUAUGGUAUUAAGAUAAUGUAUUUGCUUGAAUAAGUGCCCACGCUGUAAUAACCACCCUCUCUGGAAUAAGCACCCGUCUCCCCUACCCCUCACGUUGUUUUAACAAAUGAAAGGCAUUAAUAUUGACCAUAGGUUUAUGUGCAUAAUAUUAUAGUAUUUGUUUUUUAAUUAAAGAUUUAGCAAUUAUAAAAUUACUGUCUGUUAAAAAAAAACUUAAUAAGUUCUCCCUCAAUCAAGUGCCCUCCUUCCAUUAUAUUAUAAGUGCCCCUCCUUUUAGCCAAAAUUUUAAAUACAUGCCUGGGCAUUUUUUUAAGGAAAUGCAGUAUGUAAAAAUGUUCUUAAAACGUAAAUUUGAGACUUUACGAGACUGUGAGACCCCAGUUUCAAAAUUCAAGACCGAGACUCAAAAAAAUUAAAGACUUCAAGACACAAAAUCACUUGAAAACGAGACUUCGAAACUGUUCACAGUUGCUUUUCAGAUUUUGAUAUUGGGCCAAAAUUUUCCAAGACCUACGUUUUUUGAGGAACCAUUCUUUUAGAGGAGUGGUGGGUCCUGGCUGUAUACAAUAUUGAAAUUAGUUUGCACCAUGCACAGGCACUUCCCUUGAUCUUGACUUUUCAUGUGUUUCAGUGUGUGUCAGUGUGUAUAUAUUCUCUGGUUAGUUCUCACUAUCAUCUUCUCAGCAGCUGUUUAAACAAAAUGUAGCUGGGGGUAAAAAAAAUACACUUGUGUUUAUCCUCUUGUUAUUUACAAAAUAUAGAUUUUGAUGACAUUCUGGCCACAGUGUCCUUUUUGAUGGAGAAAAAUGUACAAGCAAAGUUUUGGACAACUUACCAGGAGAGAAGGUACUUGAACAGCUAUUAAUCCUAUUUUUGAUUAUGAAAUAAUGUGGGAAUUGAAUUGUCAAAUCUGAGAAAAGACUUACAAGAUUGGCUCAGGGGAGGAACUCGCAGUUAUGGUUCCGGCAUUUCUCACUAGUUCUCUUAAACACUGUUUAUACAUUUCUAUUUAGCACUAAUAACGAGAAUUUGCUUUACUUUUGUAAACUUUAUGUUUUAUUAAAGUGCACAUGACAUGAAUUUUUUAAAACUGAUUUUGGUGGUUAGAUAAGUUUGAUUAACAGUAUGUAACUUUAAAAAUGUGUCUCCCAAAUCAUUUCUUGAAUUUUGGUGAUCAAAAAACUGCUUUUUUCCCUUCAGAAAUGUCCCAGAGACUGGGGAUGAGUAUCAGGGUAAAAAAAAAGGCUAAUGACAUCAUUUGACAUCAGCUGAUUUGCUCAGAUUUCCAGUCCAAUUCUGGUUGUUGCUAUGUGUUGUGUGGGAUUAAGCGUAAUGUAUCUGACUGUACAAAGGUAUGGCCGAAGUAAAUGAAGAUUCUGAAGAUGAAUGUGGAGUUGUUAGCAACAAAAAUCCUUUGUAUUUGCUGCAAUCUUAUAAAUCAUUUGACAUUCUUGCAAAUCAUUCUACAUCAUACUUCUCAAUUUGGUCAUGCAAUAGGGCAGACAUCUUUGGAGACAAAUUUGCAUGUUUUGAUGAAGAGAAAGAACGUUUGGUAAGUUUUUUGGCGAGUUAAAAUUUCGGAUACAUAUUUUACACAUAUCUAGGAAUUAAAAACAAUCAUGACAAAAAAUUCUUGUCAUAUACACUUUAAGCAUUGAUGUCAUAGAAAUAGGCCAUUUGUACAAUGGUGCCCUGUUGCUACUACUACCUGAAUCCUUCAGGGUUUUGCUUUCUUGUGCAAAUUACGGCUUUUGUUAUUUAUUAAAUCUCACUGGGAUUACCAAAUUUAAAUAUGAAAGAAAAAAUGAAAUGAAUUCUGGUCAGAAUAGUAAAAAGCUGUCAUUGUGCAAAUGGCCUGUUGGUUGCUAUCUGCAAGUUGGGCUUAAAGUGUUGAUCUCUUGUUUAUAUAUUCCAGCUCUAGCUGCACCAUUGAAGAUUUGCUGAAUAAAUGGGGACUUCAAGGUGCUGAGAUCCCUCUGAAGGAUUUUGAUGCUGAUCAAGGCAAUGUUGGUGGUUCAAGUUUAUCUGAUUUACACACUAUACAUAUGCUGGAAAUAACAAGCAAAGGGGUUGAGUGA